GUUUAAGACACUCCCAUGAUUCUUUGCGGGGCCGUCGAUAAUAACAGCAUCGGCUUGCUAGCAGUAUCAGACCAGCCUAUCUUUAUCCAUUUUCUAAUAUUUUCCUAAUAGUUUAUCGUAGUUUUGUGCUGGAUUACUUCGUUCUGUUUAAAGUCGAGACAAUCAUAAAAUCAGCAAACAGAUCGUCGUCAAGUCAGCCACUGGAUUUUCACAAACCCAGACAUUCAUAUCACAUCCAUGGAUCAGGACUAUGAGCGCCGGUUACUGCGGCAAAUCAACGUACAGAAUGACAACACCAGCCCCAUGAAAGUACGAGAUGUGAUCUGUCAUCUGACGCCCACUCCCGAAUCACCCCUGUCAUCACCCAGCAAGCAUGGUGACAGGUUUAUACCCUCUCGAGCUGGAGCUAACUGGAGCAUCAACUUUCACAGAAUAAAUGAAAAUGAAAAGUCUCCGAGCCAGAAUAAGAAAACCAAAGAUGCUACAUCAGAUACUGGCAAAGCGGAUGGUUUGGCAUAUUCAGCCUUGCUAAAGAAUGAGUUGCUAGGAGCUGGGAUAGAAAAGGUCCUGGAUCCUCAGACAGAAGAUAGGAGACUGCAGCCAUCCACACCGGAGAGAAGGAGCCUCUUUAGUUAUUCUCUCAGUGCCAAGAGAUCUACGCCCGAUGAUAACAGUGUUUCCCCAUACUCUCUGUCACCUGUUAGCAGCAAAAGUCAAAAGUUGCUGCGGUCGCCAAGAAAACCCACUCGCAAAAUUUCAAAGAUUCCGUUUAAGGUGCUAGAUGCACCUGAGCUUCAGGAUGACUUCUACCUCAACUUAGUGGACUGGUCCUCCUUAAAUGUGCUCAGUGUUGGACUGGGUACAUGUGUUUACCUUUGGAGUGCCUGCACCAGUCAGGUAACGCGUCUAUGUGAUCUGUCAGUAGAGGGAGAUUCAGUCACAUCCGUCGGCUGGUCGGAGAGAGGUAAUCUUGUUGCUGUGGGUACACAUAAAGGCUUUGUACAAAUUUGGGAUGCCACUGCCGGCAAAAAACUCUUCGCUUUGGAGGGACAUACAGCAAGAGUCGGUGCAUUGGCAUGGAAUGCAGAUCAGCUGUCAUCGGGCAGCCGUGAUCGGAUGAUCCUGCAGAGAGACAUCAGGACGCCACCUCUGCAGUCAGAGCGCAGGCUGCAGGGCCACAGACAGGAAGUGUGCGGACUAAAGUGGAGCACCGACCACCAGCUUCUCGCCUCCGGUGGAAAUGACAAUAAGCUUUUAGUGUGGAACCACUCCAGUGUUUUGCCCAUGCAGCAGUACACCGAGCAUCUGGCCGCAGUAAAAGCCAUCGCCUGGUCUCCUCACCAGCACGGGCUGCUCGCCUCCGGAGGUGGGACGGCAGAUCGCUGCAUCCGCUUCUGGAAUACUCUUACGGCACAGCCGCUGCAGUGUAUCGACACAGGGUCGCAGGUCUGCAACCUGGCCUGGUCCAAACACACCAAUGAACUGGUAAGCACACAUGGUUACUCUCAGAAUCAGAUCCUCGUGUGGAAAUACCCCUCGCUCACUCAAGUAGCCAAAUUAACCGGACACUCUUACAGGGUUCUCUAUCUGGCAAUGUCUCCAGAUGGAGAAGCAAUAGUGACGGGAGCAGGCGAUGAAACUUUGCGCUUUUGGAAUGUAUUUAGUAAAACACGAUCAACAAAGGAAUCCGUGUCAGUUUUAAACCUGUUUACUAGAAUACGAUAACUGGGGUGCUGAGGAAAGGACAAAUCUUAAUAACAUGUCUAUGUCAUGGAUCACACGCAGUAGACUGGUCAUGAAAGAUGGCAUAUCACUAAAGUAUCUUCUGAUAUUUCAUACAGAAACUUGGGACAUUUGUCAUUUCAUUUUAAGUUCAAACGUUACGUUUACUUUUUAUGUGUACAGUUCAGUUCAAGAUUUUAUGUGUUUUUGGUUACAAAGAAAUGUCUAUUAUGAACGUGUAUGUAAUCCAAGCCUUAAGCCAGAAAUUAAUGCCAUUGAAUCAGGGUAGAAAAAAGAUAGCCAUUGUGAAACAGCUGCCUCUGGUAUAAUUUGUCAGAAUCUUAAUGGGGUGCUCCUUUGAUUGUAAGGGUGAAAAUGUGUAUAAAAGAGAAAUUCAGUUUUUAACUUAAGUUGCUUAAGAUGAUUAUAACAUACAACACCCUGAAAAA